UGACAAGCCCCGCCAGGAUCUGUUUUGAUCUUUCCUGCUCCAAGUCAGGCUUGAGUCGCAAUCGUUAUUCUCCUGUCUCGGCCUUCUGAGAGCUCUCAGGCCUUCGUCAACACACCAGGCCUAACAUGGAGUUAGGAACGCACCCAGAUAAGACCCAAUCUCAAAGCUGCCCCGCGACUCAGGAGAGCGGACGCCGAGCCAAGGCCUGAAUUCCAGCGUGACUCCACCCCUCUCUACCCCACCCCCACACCGCUGCGCGUGCGCAGACACACCACGUGACGCCACCGGGGACCAGGCGCUGCGUCUACGGCGGAGGGCGGGCCGGGUGUCACGUGACGGUGUCCGGCCAGCCAAUGAAUAAUCACAAUGCAAGAUUUCGAAUGUGGCGGCGGUAGUUGCGGGUUGCGCGGCGGAGCUGGAGGCUGCGGACACGAGUGGCCAAGAUGAGUUUCACUAUGUAGCCCAAGCUUAAAUCUAUGAUCCACCUGCCUUAGCCUUUUUAGUAGCGUGGAUUAUUCUACAACAGCUGACUAUUAAUAAUCUCUAAGCUGAAAAAUCAAAAUUAUUGCUUUGUUUGAAACAAAGAUGGCUAAGGAAAGGUGUCAGAAAAGGUCCUUUCAAGAUACUCUUGAAGACAUUAAGCAGCGAAUGAAGGAAAAAAGGAAUAAAAACCUGGCGGAGACUCGCAAUCGCAAGUCCUUUAUUGUCGCACCAAGCCAAGUACCCACUAACACUUCUACACUGCUGAAAUAUUACCAAGAUAACAACAGGUUGUUAGUUUUGGCUUUGGAAAAUGAAAAAUGCAAAGUGAGAGAAGCACAGGAUAUCAUCGUACAACUAAGAAGAGAAUGCUACUACCUUACACGUCAGCUGUAUUCAUUGAAAAAGAUGCUAACUUCCCGACAAAGUGAAGAAGCUGCUCAGAACUGGAAAGGACGUCCCUCAGAAGUGGUCUCCAGCAUUGACAAUACGGCCAGGGAAUUGUCUAUGAAGACCUUACAGGAAACUGCUCUUGAAGAACCUGACUGUCCCUACCAAGCCACAGAACCAAGUGCUACUACUACUACUCCAGAGACACUGGGUUGCGAUUUUGAUUCAGGUAAAGUUGAGUCUACUAAUGAAGUCUUACCUAGAACUGUAUCUCUCCGUCGCCACUUACAGAAAGAUUUUAGUACUAUAAGUCACUCCACUGCUUUGGAAGAUUGUAAAGCCAGUCCAAGAGUGGGACAGUCCUUGGAAGAUAAAAGUAGAUGUAGAGACCUAACCAUAAUCCUGCAUAGACUUGAAAAUGUAGAACAAAAUGUUUGUCUCUGGAACAAAGACCAAAUUAACUUAUGCUGUAGCCCGAUUAACCCAGCAAAGACUACAAAAACACAAGAAGUAAUUUUAUCGUCUAAACUUGAACAAAUAGAAAGCAAGCAUAAGCGUGCACAAAGAAGAAGAGCAGAGCAAAGAAGAGCCAACCAGAGAUGCAAAUCAAAGUCCUCACUGAGGAGUAAGGGCAAGAAAGGCAGAGAUGAGCAGCCCCCUGCGGUGAAUGGAUGUAUCGGUUCCAGUGAUGCGUAUGAUUUUAAUCUAAAAGAGAGUGUUCACCACACCCCUUUCCAACAAAAAACGAGCAAUGGCUCCAAUAGAGAAUCCAACAGCAGCAGCUCAGAAGUGAGUUCCCGUGAAGGCAGUUCUUCCCAUGAAGGCAGUUCUUCUGAGGAUGAGUCUGAUGACCUCUACCUGCCUCCUGGCAAGCGCUUGCAAGACCACACAGGGUUGGACAGACCAGUUACCAGGCCUCGGUCUAAAAGAGGUCUUAAGUACCCAGAUGAAAAAGAGAUGGAGGAGGUGCUGCCAUCUACCGCUCCGACUGGUGCCCCAUCUGAGACUCAAGAGUCACCUCAUUGUAGCCUAAAGGAUGUCACCAAUACUCUGCGGCGUCCUAUAGUGAAAAUCAGGAAGCUUUCUUUGACUUCAAAAUGUCAUGAAGACAGCCCAGCAGUGUGUCUGCCCAAACGCAGGUGUAGCACCAUCACAAACUAUAAAGAGCCAAAACUCAUUUCGAAACUAAGAAGAGGGGACCCUUUCACGGACGUGUGUUUCUUGAAUUCUCCUAUUUUCAAGCAGAAAAAGGGUAGAUGUCCUAAAAGAACAAAGCAGACACAAUAGCUCCUUUGAUUAGAUGCUGUUGAAGGUGAUCCUUUUUUUUUUUUUUACCUAAUAGAGUGAUAUGGGCAGAAGCAUCCCUUGGCAGGCUCUGGGUCGGGAGGCCCCUCGGGCAAACACUUUAUAUGGAUUACUACCAACUCUAAAACUUCCCCAGCAUCCUUUUUUCCUUAAGCAGGAGAAUCACAGAGUAGAUAACUUGCAGCAUAGAAAACUUACAUAGGAUAUAGAUCUUUCAUAAAUCCUUACCACCACAGUAAGACAUACUAUUAAGUGGGUAAGGAUCCUUCUGUCAUAAUGACCCUUCCUGUAAAAUGUGUAUUGAAUCGUGAUUAAGAGAAUUAAUGAAUUGAGCUCUGGAACUGUGAGUACAAUGCUAUUUCUCAACAUGGCAUGGACCUCAGGGCUAGCCCUUCGUGUGGUUAGUCUACAGUGUAAAGAUGUGAAUAAAAGGGGCUUCUAGUUUUGAUCUAGGAACAAAAUAUAAGUAUCCAGUUCAGAAAAUUGACUCUUUACACACGUAAGUCUUUAAAAUGUAACCAUUGUGAUUGCCUAUUGUUUGAGAUGAAGCCUGUGAUGACUGCCAUUGAGUUUUCUUCUGCUCUUAAUGGUCAGACACUCCUGAUGAGCUUCCUUUCUAGCCUUUACCACUCCCAUCUUGUCUGGAACCUCUUCUGUCUUCCCUAUCAACAUCCUCCUCCUCUUCCUAUUAGAUUUGUCCUGUCAAGUUUUCCCAACUGCAGCCUCCAUCAAGACAUUUCAAUUUGUAUUAAAUCAGCAGAACAUUUGCCUCAUGUGGUCAGAGGAUAAAUGCCACUGAAACAGGAGAUUUCUAAGUUAUCAGCAGGGCCUUCUGGUGUUCAUGACUUCCUACCUUUACCAUCAAACUGAGAGUCCUCUCUGUCACUCACGUGCAUCCCUCUCGCCCAUCACAGCCUUACAUUUUUCACCACGGUUUACAGCGCUGAGGAUAGAACCCACAACCCAGUGUGUGGUAGGAGUAGUCACAGCAGUCCUCAGGCACUCCGUUUAACAUUUUCUAAUGUCAUGGUACCAUAAAAGUAACUAUUUUAUGCACUGGCCAACAUUCAUCUUGAUCCAUAUUACAAGUGAGGGUCGAAAGAUAUCUUAAUUCUGAGUUCUGUGGAAGAGUUUCUUGUUAUAUCUGGAAAUGAAAUCAGUUGCAUAAUUAAUAUUAGAAGUAUAACUAAAACUGUAGGGAAUUGUAAAUGGUAGAGUUGGAUUUCAUUUAGGUAGAAAAUGUGGCUACAUCUAGUACGUGGAGUGCAGUAGUGAUUACUGUACCAGAUUAAUGCAUCCCAGGAAGAAUAGCUGUGCAUCAUGAUAUUCAUUCAUUGAUUCUUUAAAUGUUUAUCCUUAUUUUUAUUAUGUACUCUUCCUUGAGAAUAAGCAACAGGGGUAGCAUAUGGAGUUAGGAACAUUUCUUUGAGGCCAUACUAAUCAUUCAUCCCAUAUCUGAAUCCCAUCUGAAUUCUACAUGUAACUCUUCAAUACUUUUAAUUUUUUCUUUACUUUGGAAACAGAUCACUUGAUUGUUCCAAAUACUUUUAAGAAGUUGCUUUUUUUUUUUUUAAUAAAAGCGUUUCACUCAAAAAAAAAAAAGUAACCAU